GCAGUAAAGAUUUGUGAAUUAUAUCUACAAAAGAAUCACACAAAUAAUAAUUGUUAUUGCAGUAGCCUCGUUGGCUUUACAUGCGAACUUGAAGAUUGACUUUAGAAUCAUGAAUUGCACUCAAUACAUCGCUUUUGUGGUGUUCUUUUCAAAUGUAAUUUACAUAGUAUGGGGUAGCGCGACCAUUUCAGUUGAUUUUUAUAAAUACCAAGGUGAUAACGACGCAUAUACAGGUGCCAACUGUGAUGGUUUUGGAAACCCUUGUGACAUAGAAAUGGAUAUUUGCUUUGGAAAAACAUCAAGUAACGGCGGAUCAAGUUCUAUCGAUCGGUGCGAGUAUGGUUCUUCGUACGCCAUAGAAUGUGGUGACGACGAGACGAUCUACUUCUAUUCUUAUGUUGGUACUGUAUCCAACCCGGUUAGAAAAACGGCAUCAGUUUAUCAGGGUGCAUUCUAUCUUAAAAUCGAUGUGUGGGACGGCGAUGGCAAUCCAGCCGAUCUUGUUGACAAAUAUCGUAAAACCAUUACACAACCAGCCGAUGGUGUUUGGAGAAGGUACUACCUUUAUGGUCAAAGGACCGCAGCGCAUUACACAACGACCAUCGUAGACGUUGCUGUGUAUUGCAAUACGAAUUACUACAAUACGGACUGCGCCACGUACUGUGUUCCCCAAAAUUCAAAUUCAAAUGGUUACUACACAUGUCACUCAUCAACGGGGGCAAAGAUAUGUUACCCGGGUUAUUCGGGGUCAAGCUGCACAGUUGAUAUCAACGAGUGCAGUAGCAAUCCGUGUAGAAACGGGGGAACGUGUGCACAUGGUAUCAACUACUUCACGUGCAGCUGCGCACCCGGUUUCCAGGGCACAACAUGUACCGUGAACAUUAAUGAGUGCGCUAGCUAUCCGUGCGCAAACGGUGGCACAUGCGUAGAUGGGGUGAAUGGCUACCAAUGUCAAUGCCGAGCAGGUUUCAAUGGGGAGCGAUGCCAGACUGAAAUCGACGAGUGUCUCUCGUCACCAUGCGUGAAUGGCGCUACCUGCAAUGAUGAUAUAGCUGGUUUUACAUGUAUAUGCACUUCUGGAUUCAGUGGCCAAUAUUGUGAAAACGAUAUUGAUGAAUGUGGAAGCAGUCCGUGCAAGAACCGGGCCAUGUGCUCUGACCGGGUCGAUGGGUUCGACUGCAUAUGCGCCGGAGGAUAUACAGGAACGUUAUGUGAAAUAGAAAUCGAUGAAUGUGGAAGUUUUCCAUGUCAGAAUAAUGCCACGUGUCUUGAUGAAGUCAAUGGAUUCAUUUGCAAUUGUGAUUAUGGUUAUUUUGGAGACGUUUGUGAUGUUAAUAUCACUGAUUGCACUGCACUGUGUCAGAAUAAUGCCACAUGCUAUGACAUCCUCAAUGGGGCCUUCUGUGAUUGUGCUAGUGGGUAUUUUGGGGACUAUUGUAACUUUAAUAUCACAGAUUGUCCAAGAUUUUGUAAGAAUAACAGUACAUGUGAAAUAGCUAACUCCACGAUGACAUGCCUCUGUGCUCCUGGAUUCUAUGGUGAACUAUGUGACAGAGAAUAUGACGAAUGUCAAAGUCAACCAUGCCAAAACGGUGCAACAUGCAAUGACGUCGUCAAUGGGUUCGUCUGCUCAUGCGCGCCUGGGUAUUUUGGGACAAGCUGCCAAGAUGAAGUGGACGAAUGUGAAAGUAGUCCUUGUGUGAAUGACUCAGAAUGCAUUGACCUGAUCGCUGACUUUUUUUGUAACUGUACCGAAGGCUUUGAAGGUAUUUUCUGCGAAAUAGACAUCGACGAAUGCAUGUUUUCAGAAUGCUUUGGAAACUCAACAUGUAUUGAUGACGUUGACGGAUACUCUUGUAAAUGUGAGGACGGUUACGAUGGAAAUUUGUGUGAAAUUGACAUAGAUGAGUGCCAGAGUAAUCCGUGUAAAAAUGGCGCUAAUUGUACAGACGAUAUUAACUCCUUCAUGUGCUCUUGCAUGCCUGGAUACACUGGUAAAAUGUGCGAAGUAGAUAUUAAUGAAUGUAAUUCUUCACCGUGUCUGAAUAAUGCAACUUGUGUUAAUCAUAUUGAUUCGUAUUCUUGCAUGUGUGAUGUCGGCUGGGAAGGUAUCGUCUGCGACUUCAACCCAAAUGAUUGCCUAUACUCAAACUGCUUCAAUAAUGCAACUUGUGUCGAUGGUAUAGGCGAAUACUUUUGUGAAUGCAAAGCAGGUUACUAUGGUGAUUUAUGUGAAUUCGAAAUAGAUGAAUGCUUAAGUAACCCGUGUAGAAAUGGCGCUAACUGUACAGACAACAUCGAUGCCUUCACGUGUAGCUGUACACCUGGCUAUACUGGUGUUAUGUGCGAAGAAGAUGUUAAUGAAUGUAAUUCUUCACCAUGUUUAAAUAAUGCAACUUGUGUUGAUCAAAUUGAUUCGUAUUCCUGUCUGUGUGACGUUGGCUGGGAAGGUAAUGUCUGUGACUUCAACCCGAAUGAUUGUCUGCACUCAAACUGCUUCAAUAAUUCAACUUGUAUUGAUGGUAUCGGCGGCUAUACCUGUGAGUGUCCGACAGGCUACGAAGGAGAAUUAUGCGAAAAUGACGUAAAAGAGUGUGACGAAUAUCCCUGCCAAAAUAACGCUACUUGUGUAGAAGAAAUCGGUUGGUUUAUGUGUAUCUGUGCUCCAGGUUUUGAAGGCGCUUAUUGUGACGUAGAUAUCAAUGACUGUGCGAUGAUGCCUUGUGCGAAUGAUGGAACCUGUGUUGAUAUGGUCAACGGGUUUGAAUGCUAUUGCCCAGAUGACUGGUACGGUACCAACUGCACAACGUACCUGCCGAACUUAUGUUUGAAUAAUAACUGCACAAAUAAUUCAACAUGUCAAGGAACUUUAGAAGGUUUCAUUUGUACCUGUUUACCUGGAUUUACAGGCACAUCUCAUGGCGCUAACUGUACAGACAACAUCGAUGCAUUUAUGUGUACCUGCGCACCCGGCUAUACAGGUGUCAUGUGCGAAGAGGAUUUUAAUGAAUGUAAUUCUUCACCAUGUUUAAAUAACGCAACUUGUGUUGAUCAAAUUGAUUCGUAUUCCUGUCUGUGUGACGUUGGAUGGGAAGGAACCGUCUGCGACUUCAACUCGAAUGAUUGUAUGCACUCAAAAUGCUUCAAUAACUCAACUUGUAUUGAUGGUAUCGGCGGCUAUACCUGUGAGUGUCCGACAGGCUACGAAGGGGAAUUAUGCGAAAAUGACGUAAAAGAGUGUGACGAAUAUCCCUGCCAAAAUAACGCUACUUGUGUAGAAGAAAUCGGUUGGUUUAUGUGUAUCUGCGCUCCAGGUUUUGAAGGCGCUUAUUGUGACGUAGAUAUCAACGACUGUGCGAUAAUGCCUUGCGCGAAUGAUGGAACCUGUGUUGAUAUGGUCAACUGGUUUGAAUGCUAUUGCCCAGAUGACUGGUACGGUACCAACUGCACAACGUACCUGCCGAACUUAUGUUUGAAUAAUAACUGCACAAAUAAUUCAACAUGUCAUGGAACUUUAGAAGGUUUCAUUUGUACCUGUUUACCUGGAUUUACAGGAAAGUAUUGUGAGGAGGAUGUGAACGAGUGUCUAGGUGGUGCGUGUUUACAUGGAGGAACCUGCCGUGACCACAUUGCCGGGUUUUCGUGCGAGUGUAUCCCUGGAUACACUGGUGAAUUCUGUGAGGUUGUUCUUGACACAUGCGACAAGGUAGAGUGUAAUAACGGAGAGUGCAUUGAGGAGACUGACGGCUUCGCCUGCCAAUGUCUGCCCGGCUACGAAGGAAUCAACUGUGACAACAACAUCGAUGAAUGUGCAUCAUCACCUUGCCUAAACGGUGGGACAUGUACGGAUGACGUCGAUAAAUUUAAUUGCAAAUGCCCAGAAACAUUGUCAGGGAGUAUGUGCGACCAAGACGUUGACGAGUGUACGAAAGGUGAUGUCUGUCCUGAAAAUGCCAUCUGUAGAAAUACGUUUGGUGGCUUUGAUUGCGCCUGCAAGCCCGGAUUCACUGGUGAGAAAUGCGAGGACUUUAAGGAUCCAUGUGAUGCGCAUGGAAUGCCGUGUAAUAAUGGAGGUACUUGUGUAACAACAGACGAAUCUUACAGAUGUGAAUGCAGUAUUGGAUUUACAGGGGAAACUUGUAACAUCAUCAUGGAUCCAUGCAAAUCUUCGCCAUGUUUGAACGAUGGAGAUUGUGAGGUAAACGACGAGAAAAGUUACACGUGCAGGUGUUUACAUGGAUUUACAGGAAAGUAUUGUGAGAAGGAUGUGAACGAGUGUCUAGAUGGUGCGUGUUUACAUGGAGGAACCUGCCGUGACCACAUUGCCGGGUUUUCGUGCGAGUGUAUCCCUGGAUACACUGGUGAAUUCUGUGAGGUUGUUCUUGACACAUGCGACAAGGUAGAGUGUAAUAAUGGAGAGUGCAUUGAGGAGACUGACGGCUUCGCCUGCCAAUGUCUGCCCGGCUACGAAGGAAUCAACUGUGACAACAACAUCGAUGAAUGUGCAUCAUCACCUUGCCUAAACGGUGGGACAUGUACGGAUGACGUCGAUAAAUUUAAUUGCAAAUGCCCAGAAACAUUGUCAGGGAGUACAUGCGACCAAGACGUUGACGAGUGUACAAAAGGUGAUGUCUGUCCUGAAAAUGCCAUCUGUAGAAAUACGUUUGGUGGCUUUGAUUGCGCCUGCAAGCCCGGAUUCACUGGUGAGAAAUGUGAGGACUUUAAGGAUCCAUGUGAUGCGCAUGGAAUGCCGUGUAAUAAUGGAGGUACUUGUGUAACAACAGACGAAUCUUACAGAUGUGAAUGCAGUAUUGGAUUUACAGGGGAAACUUGUAACAUCAUCAUGGAUCCAUGCAAAUCUUCGCCAUGUUUGAACGAUGGAGAUUGUGAGGUAAACGACGAGAAAAGUUACAGGUGCAGGUGUACUAAAGAAUAUGCAGGUGAACGAUGUGAAAUAGUAAUUGCUACAUCAGCGUUUGUAUUCUACAUGUCGGGAAGUGUGUCUGAUGAAAGUCAGCUUGCAGACGAUAUCGCCGAACUGUACAGUUUCUCUUCAGGGUCAACUGACGAGGUUGAAGUUGUUGUGUUGUCUGUAGAAGAUUAUGUUUCGGUCGAUACAGGAGAACCUGUGAGUAAAGUGGAAGUCAUAAUAAUGGUAAAUGGUACUGCACAGACUAACGAAGAAAUCAUGUCCGUAAUUACUGAAACACCCACUGACGUCAUCGAGAAGGGUCUAGAUGCUGAAUUGUUCACUGGCGAUGCAGUACCAAAGAAUGAGUACGCUGAAAAGGGAUGGUUUGAAGAAAAUUGGAUCUGGUUUAUGUUCGUAGUUAUUGGAGUUCCGUGUGGAGCAGUGGUUUCAGUGCUGUUGUUACGAAAUCUAAAACGAUCCAUGAAGGUCGGUCCUGUAGAGGAGGAAAAUUCGGAUGUUCCGUUAAGUGCCUCGAGUAAUGAGGAGUUGCCCAAGACCGAUGAUUCCAUACCAAAAGCAGAUACGUCAAAUGUGUAGGGGAAAAUACAUCACGAUUACCUUGUUGUGAGUAAUGCUUAUGACAUGGAGGAGUUGCCAAAGACGGAUGAGAUUAAUGUAUAUAAGACAAUAAGUCUAUAAAAUUAUCUUGUAGUAAUUAUGACACUUGGGACUCUUUUCAAGCCUGCGAACACACAUAAUAAAUAACAAUCGAUCUUUCCGCACUUUGAAUAAUGGUUGUUACUAAGAUCCCCCAGGACGUGUCGUCAUGUGUUUGUAGAAUGCGCAUCAUACUGGCCCUUUUCUGAUUGGUCAGUAUUUUAAUUGGAGAAAGGUCUAAGAAACAAUAUACAUUUUGUAUAUCUUGUGAUAACUGUGUUGAUUUAAAAAAAAAAUACAAUAGCCAAAAAAAAUUGUAUGGAAGACCAGGUUGGAAAAAAAACCAGUAGUAAAAUAUAAGUUAGUACAAUAUUUUUUAUGUAGUGACGCUGUAUUAAUUGCCGUGAAGUAGAAUUCUUAGGUUUGUUCAGUUCAGGUGGUAGUUUUGCUGUGGAAAAAAUCAUUGAUCAAAGAAAUGUUUCUGGGUGGGCACAUCUUCGGAUGACAGUUUUGUAGUUUUGCCCAUCCUCGGCAGCCCCUACCAACUUUAUUGUUUUCGUUUUUGUCGGAAGAUUUAACUAAAUAAAAAAUAAAUUCUCCGUACCAAACUUAAUGUCAUAGUCAUUUAAGCAUGGAGGUAUAAAAUACCUCCAUGAUUUAAGCAAUUCUAUAGUGUGUAAUGUCAUCACUUAAGAAAUGACGUAUCUGUGCAGCACAGACACAAAAUUUUGUGAUUGGAUAAAACUUAAUUAUAUUUUCGUCCAACAGUAUUUACAUAGAUGAAAAUCAGUUCUGAUCACUUAUAGAAUAUAUUAUAAUUGCCAUAAUUGUCACUCAAAUUUGGGUAAAAUUUACUACUUUGUACUAUAGGAUCUUAAAUAAUCGUCCUUUCUAUUCUUCCGAAAUAUAUAAUGUUCAUAUCUCGCCACAACCCUUUAAAACCAUCAAUUUUAAAUAAGCACUUUUUGUAAGAUUCAUGUUACCACUUCUGACAUUUAUUUUAUAAUUUUCAAAAUUAUAUUUGUUGCUUUUGUUUGAUUUACUUUAUUUUGUUAGUUUAAGUUCUUUGUUUUGUUUUGCAUUAAGUUGUGUUUGUGUGUGCCUAGUUUUAAGCUUUCUUUUUGUUUGUAAAAAACUGUUAUUUUGGAUACACCACUAUUGUGUGUGCCACCGAUCUUAAGGUAUUAUUCCUAAUAAAUUGAUUGGUUGAUUGAUUGAUUAA